AUGACCAACACAAAGGGAAAGCGGAGGGGGACUCGUUAUAUGUUCUCUAGACCUUUCAGAAAACAUGGAGUUGUUCCUUUGGCCACAUACAUGCGUAUAUACAAGAAAGGUGAUGUCAUAGACAUAAAGGGAAUGGGCACAGUCCAAAAAGGGAUGCCCCACAAAUGUUAUCAUGGCAAAACUGGAAGAGUCUACAAUGUUACCCAGCAUGCUGUUGGCAUUGUCGUUAACAAACAAGUCAAGGGCAAGAUUCUUGCCAAGAGAAUUAGUGUCCGCACUGAGCAUAUCAAGCACUCUAAGAGUCGAGACAGCUUCCUGAAACGGGUGGAGGAAAAUGAUCAAAAAAAGAAGGAAGCCAAAGAGAAAGGGACUUGGGUUCAACUGAAGCGCCAGCCUGCUCCAUCCAGUGAAGCCCACUUUUUAGGAACCAAUGGAAAGGAUCCUGAGCUGCUGGAGCCCAUCCCCUAUGAAUUCAUGGCAUGA